UCAACUUCAAGAAGAAAAAAUAGUGAUAGUACCAUCUCCAUCUUCUUCAAAUUUCCCAAAACAGAGCAACCACCAUUGCUUCAUCAGUUGAUCAACACACCAAAAGAGAGAGGAUGUACAAGUCGAAGCUGCAGGAGCUGUGCCAGCAGAGGAAAUGGCGCUUGCCCGAGUACAACGCCACAAAGCUUGGCCUCGACCACAACCCUCGCUUCUCAGCCUCCGUCACCAUAAACGGCGUCGCCUUCGAUUCGGUGCAACUCUUCAGGUCCUCCAAGGAAGCCCAAAACGACGCCGCUAGAAUUGCCUUCGUUCACUUCUCUGAUCCGCAACCCAGACAUACCAAUCGCAGUCCCAGCCCUUCCUCAUUCCCUCAAACUUCUCUUCCCACUUCCUCAGCACUUCCUUCAACAACGGGCACCAAUUUGACUGAUACACAUGACACAAAACAGACAUUGCAACCAGAGAUUCAAGAAACACAUGAAACUUCUUACGUGCCAGUUCAGUUAUGUGGUAUAGCAUCAGGUGGCAAUUCUCAGGCGAAUGGCAGCACAUUGGGUAUUGAAGAUGGUAAUCGAUUGAGAGCACUUCCUUCGACAGCAGGCACCAAUUUGACUGGUACACAUGACGCAAAACAGACAUUGCAACCAAAGAUUCAAGAAACACAUGAAACUUCUUACGUGCCAGUUCAGUUCAGUGGUAUAGCAUCAGGUGGCAAUUCUCAGGCGAAUGGCAGCACAUUGGGUAUUGAAGAUGGUAAUCGAUUGAGAGCACUUCCUUCAACAGUGGGCACCAAUUUGACUGGUACACAUGACACAAAACAGACAUUGCAACCAAAGAUUCAAGAAACACAUGAAACUUCGCACGUGCCAGUUCAGUUCAGUGGUAUAGCAUCAGGUGGCAAUUCUCAGGCGAAUGGCAGCACAUUGGGUAUUGAAGAUGGUAAUCGAUUGAGAGCACUUCCUUCAACAGUGGGCACCAAUUUGACUGGUACACAUGACACAAAACAGACAUUGCAACCAAAGAUUCAAGAAACACAUGAAACUUCGCACGUGCCAGUUCAGUUCAGUGGUAUAGCAUCAGGUGGCAAUUCUCAGGCGAAUGGCAGCACAUUGGGUAUUGAAGAUGGUAAUCGAUUGAGAGAUAUACAGCAUUUGUACAAGAAUCAACUGCAGACUUAUGCACAAAAGAGAAAUCUUCUUCUACCUGUGUACAGUUGUGAGCGGGAAGGUCCGCCUCAUGCCAAUCGUUUCAAGUGUAGGGUAACAGUUGAUGAACAUACCUAUGAGGGUCAAGAUUUUCUUCCUACAAUGAAGGAAGCUGAACAUGCAGUUGCAAAAGUUGCUUUGAUGUCCCUGUUGCCAAAUGGAAUACAAGAGGAUUAUAUCGGUUUAUACAAAAACGUUUUACAAGAAUUAAUCCAGAAAGAAGGUUUUUCUAUGCCAGUCUAUAGCACAAAGAAUUCUGGCGAAGUUCAUGUGCCAAUUUUUGUUUCAACUGUGGAGAUAGAGGGAGAAACUUUUACAGGUUCAGAAGCAAGAAGCAAGAAGCAGGCAGAGAUGAGUGCGGCAAAGGUUGCUUACCAUACCUUGAGAGAGCGUAAGUCAAGUAAGAUCCCUUUGGUCCGGCCCCCUGCUCAGAAGGGGCUAGAAACGCCAGAGAUCUUAUCUUCAAGCUUUCAUUCAAACCUAGCUACUGAUUUACAACAAGGCAGGCCUAACGCCCCCAUGAUCGUAAGUCCGAGUGCGAUUACUGGGGAACAGACAGAGAAUAGUGUAACUGCAGAAGGGUACAGUCAUCAUCCUACCACAGUAUCUUCACGACCUGGUGCUCUUACGACAAGCUGUGGAUUCUCAUCUUCUGACAUUCUGUAUGGCCGUGCACAGGAGUCAAACAGUUCUAGCCUUUCUGUGUCCCGAAAUGGCUCUUCUUCGACUUUGCCUUCUGAUGCCUCCACUAACUUAGCUAUGGACUAUACUCUUGAGCCACCAGCUAAAAGGAGCAUGUAUAACAAGGUUUCUGUUUAUCCAUACAAGUCAGAUAUGAAAUUUCCUGAGGGAAACACUGUGCUGCCCACGAGUGAUGAAAAGUGGGUUGCUUUGUCGCAUAGCUGAAGGAACGGAUAUAUAGGCUUUCUCAGUUCCUAGUUUAAUGGGCGAUGCCCAUAGUUUUACAAAGUAAAUUGCUUGUAAUGUUGUUCCUUUGCACACAUUCAUGAACUCAGCUGCGAAUGGUUUGUUAAUAUACUAUGGCCGUUGCCUUUCUGAGUU